AUGGAGAGUUACUGAUUGGAAGGGAGAACAACUCUUUUGGCAAGCGUCUUGUCAUUCACCACACAAGCACAGAUGGAGAAGGAAUAUGAGCUUCUCAAUGAAAUUCUACAUUUAAGAAUUGCAGUUGUGCAAAGGAUAAAACCAAGUUACCAAGAGUGUGUCGUUGUUGCAUCACUAAUUGAUUGCAUUCCUAAUCUUUCUGGGUCAAAGCUGAUAAAGAUGGGUCCUCACUUCAUGCUACUAUGCUUGCAACCCAUAAUGUUGCAACACGGUGAAAGGUUAACUGCUAAACCAUCCUAUGCAAAUCCGUCAUUAUUCAGCAAGAGCUUGGCGUGGUUGAUAUUUUUGUCAGUCUGUGCAAACUAGAAUGGUAGUCUGGAUAUCAUGAAAGUUGGAUUUUCGCCGAUGUGUACAUAAUUGUACACCAGUUUGAAUUAAAAU